GAGCCACCUUUGCUGCCCAAAACGGCAAAAACCCUUUCCAGCGGCGCCGCCCGGCCGGUGAGCUCGACCACCUCCGCGCUUCUCCCCACCUCCCCUCCCUCUCCGAUGAGCUGGAACCGCGUAGCCGCGGCCGCGGCCGGGAGGGUCUCGGCGAGGACCACCGCCCGCCGUGGGUUCGCGAGCGCCGGCGGCGCCCGCCGCGGACGUAGGCCCGCGGCGCCCCAGCCGUGGCCGUGGGCGUGGCUGCGGGGGCUGUGGCACGCAGAGCCGAAGAAGCAGCGGGGCGCCGCGAAGAGGCCGGGGAGGCGCGCGGCCGAGGGCGACGGCAAGGUCUCGCCCGGCGACGCCGCUCCCUCGUUCGUCAGCUCCAAGGCGCCGGCGCUGGAGAGCGGCGGGGGAACGGCCGGCGAGGAGGGCGCGCCAUCGGGGAUCUGCCAGCAUCAAGACCUCGACCCCGCGCGCGUACAGGCCAAACUGAAGCCUCUGCUCACAAGGGCCAGACUCAUCAUUACCAGGAAAGUAGAAUGGGCAAGUAUCAUGUUUGCGUAUGCGCAGGAGACUAGAUACAUCAUAAAGGAUCCACGCACUCCUCGGAGAAAAACUCCUGUGGGUUUAAUUCGAGAGAAAAGCAACGUCAUCCUUAGGCAGCUACUUUGGACAAGGCGACCAUUCGUUGCAGAAUUUACUGAUGCCAGGGGUAAUGAGAUAUUCACGGUUCGCCGGCCUUUUAGGUGGAUCAACAGCUCCAUUUAUGCAGAAGUGGAUGGCAAGGUAGGUGUAGUCCACAGUCGUUGGCAUCUUUGGCGUAGAAAUUAUGACUUGUACUUAGGGAAUAGGCAGUUUGCUGUGGUGGAGAAUCCUGGAUUUUGGAGCUGGUCCUUUGCCCUGUUUGAUGAGGAUGAUAAUUUAGUAGCCAUAAUUGACCGCAAGGUUAGGGGAGUUGGUUGGGAGUGCAUGCAGCACUUCACGAAUGCUUCCCAGUAUGAAGUUCGGUUUGGUGAUGCUGGAAAAGGCACUGAUAAAGUUUUUUGUUUCGCUAAAGAUAUGGACAACGAUCUUCGCGUGUUUCUCCCGCUGGAUUUACCCGAGAGGGCUGUUGCUCUUGCUCUUGCAGUGUCUCUGGACCAUGACUGCUUCUCCAGGAGACGAUUGGGCUGGGUUCUUCGUCUUUUAGGAGCCUGACGGAAUUGCAACACUGCUGUUGGGGCAGGCCUAGAAAUGGCAGUCCCCCAUUCGAUCGUCUUUAGCACAAUUCCUCUUUGUUAUGACCGGCAUAGGGCUUAGCCCAGUGGGUUAUGGCCCAAGUAUCUUAAUUAGGGGCUUAGCCCAAUUAUUUUAUCGUAUUAGGAUCGUUUGCUUAGGAGUCAAAUAAACCUCUUUAUAUAAGAAGAGGAGAUGUAUCAAUCUAAUCAAGCAAGAAGCAAUCAUAAUUUGCUCGGCUUCCCUUAGGGAGCCGGGAGACCUAAACCCUAGCCGCCUCCUGCCUUCGCCGCCGCUGCUUCCGUCGCAAGGACGGCGCCAUGUCACUGGCCGCCGCGCACCAGCCCUCGUCCUUCCCCCUCCUUCCCCUACAACCUACGCCCUAGAUCCGGUAGGGCCCUAGCUCCUACCAAUUUGGUAUCCAGAGACUCGGGUUCGAUCAUGUUGUC